CGCGUAGUAGUUUGAGGUCCUUGAACAGCAAUGGCGGAAGCAACAAAGCUAAGUGGGAAUGACGCUCCUCCCAAAGAACCUACUGAAAUGUCCAGUUACAGGGACUGCGUGGAUGUGAUGCUGAGGCUCCUUUCAGACUUUGGAAAACAGAUGAAGCUUCAAUUAGGAGAUACUGCUUUGAGAAUAGAAGUCAACCAUGGCGCUGUGAGUCUGUCAUCAUCUUCAGAAGCUCUUCUUCACGGCUGUUUGCAGGAGCAUAUUGCUAAAUUACAGGCUGUUUCAGAAAGCCUGAGGUCGCUCAUGGAGUCUGAGGAUGUUGCUUCUGUGAAAGAAAGCACGUCGGACAAAUCUGUCGCGUCACCCUCGCCCAAGGAGCAGACAGCUGCGUCGUCAGAGCUCCAGCGGCCCGGCUCCGAGGCUGCAGAGAGCAAGACUGAUGACGUCAUGGUCCAGAUCCGAGCCGGAAAGUCAGAGAUUGAGCGGAGAAUAUCUGCAUUUAUGGAACGCAAGCAGAUGGAGAUCAAUGAAAACAAUGUGCGCGAGUUUUGCAACGUGAUCGACUGCAAUCAGGAAAACAGCUGUGCGAGGACAGAUGCAGUCUUUACGCCAUACCCGGGUUUUAAAAGCCACGUAAAAGUCACACGAGUAGUAAACACUUACGGGCCCCAGACUCGUAGCGCCGGGGGAGAUGCUGGGGAGCCUCAGAAGGGGCCAACAGCCCGAGACUGUGGAAAUGCAGCCAUAGAGGAGCGGCUUCAAAACAUCGAGGCUCAUCUCAAACUCCCAUCAGUGGGGCCAGUCCCUUUGAAUGUUUACCAGAGGCUGAAGAAGAUGGAAGAUCGCAUCCUAGAGUUAGAAGGACUCUCUCCUGAGUACUUUCAGUCCACUAGUCACCUCCACAAGCGGCCUAAGACGUCCACCGCUCAGGCCUGCACUCUCACAGAGCUGGAUGAGAAGAUUAGCGCGGUGAAAGCGGCGCUCCUCAAGAGGGUUUCUGAGUUUGGGCCGGGAUACGGGACCGAUUGUCCAUUCUGAUGCACGUCUAAGCACAAUAAAACCAGUCAAGAAUUCAACAUAAGCAUUGUGUGCCUUUUUGUCAACGCUCGCCAAGUCAUCAGACACGUCAAUAACUUUUAAACACACGCUGAUCCGAAUACAGUUUGUCCUGUUUAUUCUUACGACCUGUUUAUUGCUCUAUUCUUUUACCACCAUUAGAUCCAAAUCACAAAUAUGCAAAUGUAUAGAUUUAGAUUCACUUGCAAUACAUUACAAUCAAAUAGUUUGAUGCUAAUUUGAAUACAUGCUGCUUAAUUUAAUUAUAAUAACACAACUACAAAAGCUAAGCACAUAAUUAAAUUGGAAAAUGUUAUCUUUCUAAGGAGACCCAGGUGAUGGUAGAGUCAUUGACUUUGCAGCAAUCCCUCAUUUUACAGGUAAAAAAUUGCUGACAUUUGUGUUGAAGUGAAGUUUUUACACUAGAUCCACAUACUUUAUGUACUUAGUUAUGUGCUACCAUAUAUGGUGGUGAUGGCUUGUGUUGGGGCUUUUGGGGAUUUUUGUAUUUCUUUUUUCUUACUCAGGAAAAACAAAGAUAUGAGCUACGAAUUAGGAAUACACCGAUUUUCAGUUUUGUUGGCUGAUCAUCGAAAUUUAAAGAAAUCAUGUCUGACAAUUUCUAAUUUGGCUUUUUUUUGUUUGUUCAUGUCUCUAAACUUGCUCCAAAUAUAGCGACAGUCACUAAACUGCGUGAUUUGUUAAACCGCACAUGCUGAACAAAAAUGGACAGUGACUGAUUUUCAGGCCUUUGUAGAAGUGGAUAAAAUUGUUUUUUCAUUCAUGUAUCGCCCGAUCAUCCAAAAUUAAGAAACCUAUUGGUACACCUAUACUAUGAAUACAAUUGUCAACUUGAAAACAUUUUUAUCAUUUAAGUUUUAUUUUUCAUGAUUAUGAAUUCCUGCAUUCUGUCAAAUGCUAGAAUGCACCACUUAAAAAAAAAUACAGGAGCACUUUUAGUUGGAGUUUAACAUAAAGCCAGUUAAACUUCUGGUGUAUUGAUCAGGUUAUCACCUCCUUUUGGUGUCUAUGAAAUUAAUUAAAGCUGUACUAGAAGGGCUACAAUUGAUCAAACCCAAAAGCAGCAAUCAUUUCAUAGGAGGGGGCCACUAGAAUAUUUCCCUUCUCUUAUUUCCCGAAGUUUCACAUUUGCCUAGAGUCAGUGUCACUACUGUCAUCAUGAGGCGAUAGCUGGUCGUCCUUUGCAUUGGUAUGUUCUACCAGAGGACUUGGUGUUAUUCUCAGCUCUGUUUCAAGAGAUGAGAAGAGUUUCAAGAAGACAGGGACGUAACUUUAGGAUAGUUACCUCCUAAAGUCACCAGUGUGAAUGGUUCUGACCAAACAAUCAGAAAAAUCCCCGAGAGAUCCAUUGGCGGGAAUACUACUGCACCAUGUGGAGUUCCUGCAAUUAAAUGUUGGAGAAAU